AUGUCUUGUAACAAUGACAACAACUUGAAUCAAGCCAAGUCGAGUGCUGUUAAAAACAAUAACAACGCUAAUAGCGUCAACAACAGUUUUAUUAACACGAACAACUCAGGCAUUAGUAACAACUGCAACAACAACAGCUCGAUCUAUUCACAUUCAUCAAGGAUCAAUUCUGUUGGACCAUCAAUGCAAUAUAAUGCACAUGACGGUGGUAUUAAUCAAUCAUUGGACCUCAUCUCUCGUUUUUAUAAUUCUUGUAUUGCCAGUUCAUACAACCAGAGCAGAUAUGCUGCAGGAAAGGAUGCUUCCAUGGAUUGCAAGCAGAAGUUCAAGACAAUGAAGGAUCGAAGCUACAGUGAAGGUCAUUACAGACCUGAGUACCCUUACGAGAAUGGCGAUGUUUCUGUAGAUGGCGUGCACAUGGACGUUGUACACAUGGAGGGUGAUGUGGACAUGACAGGAUAUGAUGAUCCUUCCCUGGUGAUUCAGCUACUUCUUAUUUAUUUUCUGAAUGACCUUUCCUUCUUGGAAUCAUGUUGA